AAUAUUUCUUCAUUUUCUCUUCCAAACUCAGCAGAAAAUAUCAGAUACAUGUUCUUCUAGAUAAGAGGAAAUUGUUCAAGUUUGGGUAUUAUAUAUGAUCCUCCUUGUGAUUUUCCACAGCUUUCUUGAACUGUAAAGUGAGUUAUGAACUGAGAGAUUAACCUCCAUGCAGUUCGAACAGAGCAAGAACAGUUCGAGAAAGCUGUGAAAAAUAACAGGCAGGAUCUGAAUUCUGAUCAUAAAGCCUUCUUCUUUCUCCUACUUGUCUCCCUGCAAUAGAAAAUCCUCAUUGUAGCUCUAUGCAACCAAGGUUUUGGAUUGAUUAAUUUAGCUCUUUUGGUUUUUGAUGCUGGCUGUGGACACCUAAAUUUGGAGUAGUGCCCCAUCAGAAGUCAGAAAGGACACAAUCACACUAGCUAGGCACUGCUUGAACGUAAUUGUAGUACCUGGCACUGAACAAUAGGCAGAGUUUGAAGUUAAGGGAUAGCUAGUAUUAUUUCUCAGAGGCUCAGAAAGAAAGGCAGAACUAGCCAUGAUUCCUAUGUCAUUCCCAAGCACAAAUUUUAUUCCUUUCAUUCUCUCUUAAGCAAUGCGUGUGAGUGUGAUGGAUUGUUUGUGUGGCAAACUAGAGCACCACAGAAAGUUUUAUGGUCCUUUUUCUCAAGCUCAGGAGACAUGAGGUCUUGUCUUUGCCUCUCCUCUUUUAGAGAUUAGGGUGAGUCUAUCAUGACUCAUUUACUUUUGAUUGAUUAAUGGGUAGGUACAAAGAAGGAAAAUGUUAAGAUCAUGUUCUUUGUAGUAAUCCAUUCAAUUCAUACACCCAAAAGAAGUCGAACAAAUCUGUGAGAUUAAAGAUUUUCUGGGAUCUUAUAUAAGUCAUUUUGUAAAGAGAGGUGAGUCAAUAACAGAGAAAGGAUGGUCUCUUUUUGCCAUCUGUAGAGGGCUAGAGGAAAAACCGAAAAAGAAAGGGUACAUAUAAAAUCCUUGAGAUUUCUUGUUGUCUCUUUCAGAACAUUGCUCUCUCUUUAUGUCAAUGGAAGAAUCAAUUUCAUUCAUGGGAAAUCCAUCAUAUCCUUUUUUACUCCAAAAAAAAAAAGGAAUAAAAAUACACGUAUCACAUUCAACUUUAAUGUUUUAUAUUUUUAAGACAAAGUAUUCAAUAUCUAGAUUUCAUUUUAAAAAGGUUGUAGUGUGAGUCAAAAAAAAAAUGACUCUGACUCUCGAGAGAGAGAAAUAUCGUCGGUCUCUUUCUUGGGAAAGCGGCGGUGACAAAACUACUCGUCUGCUUCUCUCUUUGGGUUGCGACGGCGACAAAUCUUUUCGUCAGACUCUAUCUUCAGUUAGAGGAUGCAUAUUUGCUGUAUUUGAUGGUGAUUGGGUUCUAGUUAACCGGAUCUGGUUUGGUGGAAGAUUUCCAAUUGGCAGUGAUGUCGAUCCGAAGAACUGUGCUGGUGGUUGGCAUGCGCAGAGCGGUGGGCUGAUUCACAUAUCUGCUGGCGGUGAUGUUUGCGGCGGCUUCUGUGCCGACGGUGGUAAUUUGGUUUGGGCUACCGACGACGUGGUGCGAUGUCCAGAUGGCUUUGCUGGAUCGCGAUCAGCUUUAGGUCUGGGAUGUGACUGGAUCUGGUUUUGUGGAGACGCAAAGGAUCCUGAUCUUGAUGGUGGCGCUGGGGUCGCGAUUUUGGGAUGGUCGGAGAUGACAGCUAGGGAUUGGGAUGAGGAAGGCUUCGUUUCUCCUGCAGAUACGGCGAUGGCUUGUCCUGCUGGAUGGCAACUGGCAGAGUCCGUCCAUUGUCAUGGUUCAGCAGGGAAGCUUCUCUCUCCUCGAUCAGGUUGGAUGGCGAGCGUCGGUGUCCGAAAUGGCAGGGAAGACGACGUUGACCCAUCUGUGUUGGGCAGUAAUGCAGUCGGCGGCGAUUGCGGGGUGUUUCCCUCGACUGGCGUCGGCGACGGCGCAACUGGUGGUUGUUGGCUGGAAGGACACUUGUGGGCUCAUUGGGCUAGGGCUUUGGUUUACCCUACUCUUUGGGCCUGCUCUUGGUGUUGCUGGGCCUUGAACUGGCUUGUGGCCCUUAGGUUUGGGCAAACUGGUCUAGGCUUUCAAGUGGGCUGGAUUACCCUUUUGCUAGGGGGUUGGAUGGAUUGGGUCUCUAUGGCCCAUAGUGCUGUUUAAUUUUUGUUUGGGUCACAAAAACCAGUACCUUAGUUAGAACCUUUUUAUGUAAGCUUCGAGGUUUCUAGAUUUUUGUUAGAAUAAAAGUGCGCGAAUUUACCAAAAGGUGGGUGUACUCGGGAUUUUUUGGGAUUUUAUUCUUCUAGAAUAGGGUUUCAUGAGGUUCUAAGGAACGAUUCUUUCUGUCGACCCCAUAUGGGUGUUUCGUUUUUGUACUAGUUGCUGAAUUUUAAUGAAAGGGCU